UAAAGCGCCGGUCCCCACCAGCGCCGCUCUGCCCGCCGCAUCGCUGCCCAGCCGUCUGCUAGCACCAUGGCCCUGUCCAGCGACCCCGCCUUCAGGAAGCUCGCCGAGUGGUACAAGGCGAACGGCGCCAAGCUCGUCCUGAGGCAACUCUUCGAGGCCGACAAGGACCGCUUCGCGACGUUCAGUGUGACUCUGAAUACUGAUCAUGGGGAUAUCUUGGUGGAUUAUUCGAAGAACCUUGUUACAGAAGAGAUCAUGAAGAUGCUGAUAGACCUGGCAAAGUCAAGAGGUGUUGAAAAUGCUAGGGAGCAAAUGUUCACUGGAGAGAAGAUCAACUUCACUGAGAAUCGGGCUGUGCUUCAUAUUGCCCUGAGGAAUCGCUCCAAUGUUCCAAUAUUAGUGGAUGGCAAAGAUGUAGUCCCAGAAGUUAACAAGGUGUUGGACAAGAUGAAGCACUUCUGUCAGAAAGUUCGUAGUGGAGAAUGGAAAGGCUACACUGGAAAGGCAAUUACCGAUGUGGUCAAUAUUGGGAUUGGUGGCUCAGACUUGGGCCCUGUUAUGGUGACUGAAGCCCUGAAACCAUAUUCCAAGGGAGGCCCUCGUGUCUGGUUUGUAUCCAACAUUGAUGGUACUCAUAUAGCCAAAACCGUGGCUGAGCUUAACCCUGAGACAACACUCUUCGUCAUUGCAUCUAAGACUUUUACCACCCAAGAAACUAUUACCAAUGCAGAAACGGCCAGAGAGUGGCUUCUUCGUUCUGCUAAUGAUCCUUCUGCUGUGGCCAAGCAUUUUGUCGCCUUGUCUACCAAUGGUCCUAAAGUUAAAGACUUUGGAAUCGACACUGAGAAUAUGUUUGAGUUUUGGGAUUGGGUUGGUGGCCGUUACUCAUUGUGGUCAGCCAUUGGUCUCUCCAUUGCUCUGCAUGUUGGUUUUGACAACUUUGAGAAACUGCUUGCAGGAGCCCACUGGAUGGACAACCACUUCCACACUGCUCCACUGGAAAAGAAUGUGCCAGUUCUGCUGGCCAUGCUGGGUGUCUGGUAUAUAAACUUUUAUGGCUGUGAAACUCAUGCACUCCUGCCAUAUGACCAGUACAUGCACCGCUUUGCUGCUUACUUCCAGCAGGGUGACAUGGAAUCUAAUGGGAAAUACAUCACCAAGAAAGGCACUCGUGUGGACUACAAUACUGGCCCUAUUGUGUGGGGUGAACCUGGAACUAAUGGGCAGCAUGCCUUUUAUCAGCUCAUUCAUCAAGGAACUCGUAUAAUCCCCUGCGAUUUUCUAAUCCCAGUCCAGACUCAACAUCCAAUCAGAAAUGGCUUGCAUCACAAGAUCCUUCUGGCCAACUUUCUUGCUCAGACUGAGGCCUUGAUGAAAGGAAAGACUGCUGAUGAGGCUCGAAAAGAACUGCAGGCUACUGGGCUGAGUGGAGAACCUCUGGAGAAACUUCUUCCACAUAAGGUCUUUGAAGGAAAUCGCCCAACCAAUUCCAUUGUGUUUACAAAACUUUCCCCGUUCACUCUGGGAGCCUUAAUUGCUAUGUACGAACACAAGAUCUUUGUUCAAGGAGUUGUGUGGGAUAUUAAUAGCUAUGACCAGUGGGGAGUUGAGCUUGGAAAGCAAUUGGCUAAGAAAAUUGAACCAGAACUGGAUUCUGAUGCUCCGGUGACGUCUCAUGAUAGCUCAACAAAUGGGCUCAUUAACUUCAUCAAGAAGAAUAAAGCUUGACCUGAAAGAUUCAGAGGACACCACCAGUCUAACUGCCGAACACACAGAUCAAUGUUGUAGUAAUUGCUUUUUAGCUACUUUUAACCAAAAUCGCACUUUACACUUGGAGCCCCGUAACUUGUUGCAGCUAAUCCUGUUCUGUCAAAUGUGUUAAAAAUGAAAGCUAGUUUUGUGAAACAGAUUGUAUAGUUGCCUUCUAUUUUUGUGGUUGUCAAACUGUAAAGUGCAGCUGUGUCCCUCACUACUCCCUCAAAGUUGAUCACAUGUACUAAAAUCAGAAAAUAAGACCGUGGACAAUAGAACC